GCCGUGAUUCUCCGCUACGAUAAGCCAUUCCUUUUUCAGUGGCACAUCUCGUAGCGGCAGCGGUUAGUCUAUCUCGGCGGCCCCUUGCGGUUUGUUGUUGUUUUCCAUCCCGUUCCAAUCGUUUGUUUCUUUGUCUAUCCCAUCCACAAACUUGUUGAUCCGGACACCAGCAACCAGCAACCGGCACCUCGACGUCGUUCGCCGCAACUCCGUCACAACUCCGUCACAACUGCUGCUGCUCCAUUUUCUCCCGAUCUCGAGUUGGCGGACUGGGGUCCGCUCGCGAGUCGUCCAACUGCUUCCUGUCCCGCGGUCGGUGUGGGCAGAGCGAGCAGUCAGAGGAGAAAGGACAAGAACAAAACAAGAAAUAAAGAAAGAGCAGAGAGACAGAGAAAUAGAAAAAAAAGGGAGGAACGUGAAAAAACGGGAGAUAUAAUUGGGAGGGCCGAAUCAAGUCGACUUGUUGGUCAAGUCAAAGGAGUCGCAACCACGUGCGUGCUGGCUUGUCGCGUCCUCGUUAGAUCCUAAGCCCAGACUGCGGUGGUGGUCCUUUUUUUCCCGUGUGACAUGGAAGGCAGUGCUGACCAGUCAGACGAGAUGGCCGCUCCGCCAAUAACAAGAGCAUCCUCAUCUCACGAUCCCACUUCAACAGCGACAGCAGAAGCCUCAGCAGGUUAUUCUGGUUACUCUUCCGUCAACGGGACUGACCCUGAUCAAAAUGCUGACACGGCAGCAGCAGCAGCGGCGGCAGCAGCAGCAGGUUUCGACUCGCAACUAGCACCUCUUCACCCUGCCCACCGCCAAUCAGCUAUUGCCCAACACCAGCCAUCCGUCGCUAGUCCAAAACACGGAGACGACAACAGGGAAGCACAGGAGAAUUUUCCAGCUGAGGAUAGCCAAGCCCCAGCAGGAGCCGCCGAUCCCGCCGACCGGCCUCAGCUUAUGCCGCAGAUUCUUCGGCCGUCGGUGAAAAGUGGUGGGCUGAAACCCGGCUCGCGAUCUCGGUCGUCUUCUCCGUCGCGAGCCUCGCCUUCGUCGCCUUCGUCGCCGAGCGUCACGCGGAUCCGCAUGAGCUCUGCUGCCGAGACGUUGGGCGCUGUCGGCGGCGGCAGCGGAAGCAGCGGAGCGGGCGGUGCCGCAACUCCGGCCGGCGAAAAUGAGGAUGCCGCCUGGCGCAACACCUUCUACGAGCACCCCCUGCACGCCGCCACCAAUGCCAUGCUGCACCUGGGAGGAGGCAAUGCACUGAACGAAGACUCGUCCGUCAACUCGGUCGGCAGCGUUUUGGUCUCGUACGAGCAUCACUACUACCCCAGCAAGAGCCAACACCACCACCAACCCCAUCAGCACCACUCGCUCAUCAACAGUCUGCCCGUUUCGUCCUCCGUUCAACCUGGUCACAAAGACGGCAAAUCCAUGAAUGACCUUUGGCCGAGCGGAAUGGGCGGUUCUCAUUCGUCUUCAGCCGACGGAUUGUCCAGCGGCAAAGAAAUCGGUGGCCAACAGAAUCACCAAUCGCACGAGCAGGCUACUUCUGAGCCGGACAUUUACCCACUCGCAAUCAAAAAAGAGCCAGAGGACUUGACGAGGAGGAACCUGCGCCAUGCCCUCCAUCAUCCCGAUUCCAGGAUCGUCUGCUCCAGCAGCAACGACAACAACAAAGUCGACAGCGGCGGUGGUGGUGGCGGCGGUGGCGGCGUCAGUGGCACCGUCAUUUCGCGCGUUCUGGCCGACGGCGAAUUGGUCCACGAGAUGAUCCCGCGGCUCGAGUCCAUCUCGCACGUCAUGAGCGGCGGCGUCAACGACGGCAGCCGGGAAGGAGGUGCCAAUCCCUCGGGUUCCGUCAUCCACAUCCGGCGCCCCAUCUCGUCGCAGCCGAGCCACGACGGCGAUUCGAUGAUGUCGCCGGCCGCCUUGGACCUGGCCCGCGCCGGAAUCCAAUCGGCGCUGCAGCAGCAAUACUCACCGUCGGCGUACAGCAGCAACAGCGGGGCCGUCGGCAACGGGCACCAACAGAGCGGGUUGGCCAGCAUUCAGGUGGUCAACAACCAUGGCUACGAUUCAUCUCCCGGCCCCGCUUACGGCCUGGUUUCACCCAACGAGCCCGGCGUCUACACGGCCAUCCAUCCAUCAUCGACGCUGCGCCAACAGCCGAGCGGCUACGCGGUGAGCUCCUCGGUCGGCUCCAGCGACUCCUUCUACCGCGACUAUUUCACCAGCAGCGCCAGCAACAACAGCAACGCCAACGCCAACAGCAGCAGCAACGGAGACCAGCAAUACGCCCGUGCCGUGGCCCAGCUGGCCUACGGCGAAGGCCACGAAAGCGCUUUUGGCGAUCGAUUCAUCCGCAGCAGCAACAACCAGCCGGGCGUCUACAAGCAACAGCAGCAGCAGCAGCAGGGCACCGGACUGACCGUCGACCUGCCCUCGCCCGAUAGCGGAAUCGGAGUCGAUGCCGUCACGCCGCGCGAUCAAUCCGUCGCUCAACAGAACUUCGAUUACACGGAAUACCCGGGACUGAUCGGCGAGCCGGCCAUCGAGCACCCGUCGUCGGAGCAGCAGCAUCACAACAGCGCUCACGGCGGCAGCGACGAAGGAAGCCGGACGCCGACAUCAGGUGGUGAGCACUCAAAAUCAAGCAUGUCACCUGGUAGUGCACAUCUAAAUUCAUCGCGUUCACGUUCUUGGCCAGACUGCAACCGGCAAAGUGAGGUCGACAAAAUACAGAUUCCAAAAGUGUUCAACCAGUAUGGAUUCCGCUACUACUUGGAGUCUCCCAUUUCCACCUCGCAGCGGAGAGAGGACGACCGCAUCACCUACAUUAACAAAGGCCAAUUUUACGGAAUAACCCUCGAGUACGUCCCCGAUCCGGAGCGACCAUUAAAAAACCAAACCGUUAAGACGAUGGUGAUGUUGGUGUUCCGAGAGGAAAAGAGUCCCGAGGAUGAAGCCAAGGCCUGGCAGUUUUGGCACGGCCGACAGCACAGCGCCAAGCAACGAAUACUCGAUGCAGAUACGAAAAAUAGCUCGGGCCUCAUCGGUUGCAUCGAAGAAGUAGCUCACAAUGCUAUCUGCAUCUAUUGGAAUCCACUGGAAAGUUCAGCAAAGAUCAACGUGGCCGUUCAGUGUCUGAGCACGGACUUCAGCAGCCAGAAAGGAGUAAAGGGUUUACCUCUCCAUCUGCAGAUUGACACGUUCGACGAUCCGCGGGAUUCCAUUCCAGUCUUCCACCGCGGCUAUUGUCAAGUUAAAGUUUUCUGUGAUAAGGGAGCGGAAAGGAAAACACGCGACGAGGAGAGACGAGCAGCCAAAAGAAAAAUGGUCGUCACAGGACGAAACAAACGACUGGAAGAACUUUAUCACUUAAACGCCGAACGCUCUGAAUUUUAUCACAUGGCAGAUUUAAUGAAGCCACCAACUCUCUUUACUCCUGACGACCACGAAAAGCUAGGAGCUCCCAUGGAACUUCCAAGUUUCUACGGCCAAGAUCAUGAGAGGAAAGAAUUUUUGGACACACACACCAGCCUAAUAGGAGCUCCGGCUAUCGCUACUUCUGGUAACAUCGCCACUCUCUAUUCGUCACCGGCGUCAAAACGACGAAAAUUGACACCUCCUCCCUGCGAGCGAGUUAUGAUAUACGUUCGCCAGGAAAAUGAACUUGCUUUUACUCCACUUCACUUGGUGCCACCCACGUCACUCGGACUUCUUGAUGCUAUUGAGAGUAAAUACAAGCUAUCUGCAUCUACAAUCAACAUGCUCUACAGGAAAAAUGCCAAAGGGAUUUUGGCCAAAAUAGACGACGACAUGCUCAAACACUACUGCAACGAGGAUCUGUUUAUCUUAGAAAUCACAACUUCGUCGGAAGAGGGAAUGUAUGACAUCACUCUCAAGGAGCUCUACGACACGUGAAUAGUUAAAAACUCAAAAUUUCGAAUUGCCAUAAUUGAACGACUUUAAGCCAUCUUCAGCCAUCCAUAUGCUAUAUAUAUAUAUUAGAUUGAUCAUUAGCAUAAUUCGUGUCUGCAUUGUGCAUUCUCUGAGAUAACUUGCCUUCUGAUAUGAUUCUUAUUCUCAACUUCAAAAGAUAUUAGACCGACGCUAACCAGUGAUGAAUAGUUUUACACUAAUAGUUUACCGUGAUGUAAAGCACCUGUAAUGCCCAGAAAGUCUGGAUUCGUACAAGAACCUCUUGCAUAAAUGUUUUUCCCCAGUGUUCCGGAUAUAUGGCGACAGCAUAUCAAAAGGAGUUGUGUGGUGCACAGGCCAUCCAACAGACCAGCGCCGCUCGCUCUGAUCUCAUACAACACGGCAGCUCACUCACUCUCAUAGCUCUCUCAGAUCAAUUAUCCAGAAUUGUUGACUCUUAACCCCAGUCUUCCAGCCAGGCGGCUGCCGUAAACUGAGUAUACAAAAGAGAUGUUAUAUGAACUAUUCGCAGUUCCACACAAAACGAGGAUGAAAGGUCAAUUUGUAUUUAAAUAAUGCACAAUGCCAAAUGUCGAUCGUUGUUGCCAAAUCAAUGAGAUCAACCCCAAUCAUGCCAUGCGUUUCCUUCAGAAAAAUAUCUCUACUCGCGUUAUACUUAGACUUACGUGGACAUUUUUGAAUGUCGAUUCAAGCUAUUAACUUUCUUUAUUCGUCCAGUUGCUUGGCCGACCAUGGUCGAGUAAACCUCUGAGUGAAUGUUUUCGUACGUCGCUAUUUUAAACGGAUGUUAUAAAAAUGAAUUAUAUUGUCUCGAUUGCCCUCUUGUGUCCCAACUUUGAUGUAUGCUAGAGAACACGCUUUCUUUCUAUGACUAUAGCUCAAAAAGCAUCAAGUGCUGACAUUCGUUCGAGAGCUGAAAGCCCUCCGUUCACUCACCAUGCCAAUUGCCAAUGAGCCUCUCAAAGGACGUUAAAAAUGUGGUUUAUCUUUGAUUAUAAUUUCGUGUUCGUCUAUCUAUAUAUCCUUUCAAUCUUUGACUUGUGCAAACGUUUUAGUGUCCACCUUUUUUCCCUGGUAUCUGUUAGCAUUUCUAUUAUUUGUUUCUCACACACAGUUUUGUCAAACAUUUCCUUUUUUCGCAUCCCGAUGAUUAUAGAAAUGAAGUGCACAUGCACAAAAAAAAAAAACACUUGUUUGACAUCGUCUAACGAUAGCCAAUUAUAUUCUCAUAGUGGUCCAAAUAUACAGUUACGAAAACUCUCAAA